AUGGCGCCCCAGCGGAGGGGUGCACCCAAAGUGCCCGAGGGAAGCGGGGCAGCGGAGCGGCGGCGACAGAGCAGCACCAAGAAGGACCGGGUCCAGCAGGAGGCCCUGAGGAGGAGGCUGAAGACCGCUGUGCUGGGGGCCUGCGCCGCACUGGGCGUGCUCCUGGUCUGGAGCCAUAUGGGGGGUGAUGACGGCGUCACUGAGGCCCUUGCCCACCGCAGUGAGGUCCUGCUGGGCAGGUUCAUUGAGGUGCCCUGCUCUGAGGAUUAUGACAGCCACCGCAGGUUUGAAGGAUGCACCCCCAGGAAGUGUGGCCGUGGUGUCUCGGACAUGGUCAUCACCGGGGAGGAAGCGGCCCGGGUCCGCAGCAUAGCCGAGAAGGGCUUGUCCCUGGGAGGAUCCGACGGUGGGGCGUCCAUUCUGGACCUGCACUCGGGGGCCCUCUCCGUGGGAAAGCACUUCGUGAACCUGUACAGGUACUUUGGUGAUAAAAUACAAACUGUCUUCUCGGAAGAGGACUUCCAGCUGUACCGAGAUGUGCGGCAGAAGGUCCAGCUGGCCAUCGCCGAAGCCUUUGGCAUCAGUGCGUCCUCACUGCACCUGACGAAGCCCACCUUCUUCUCCCGGAUCAACAGCACGCAGGCCCAGACGGCGCAUGAUGAGUACUGGCAUGCUCAUGUCGACAAGGUGACCUACGGCUCCUUUGACUACACCUCACUGCUCUACCUGUCCAACUACCUGGAGGACUUUGGCGGAGGACGAUUUGUGUUCAUGGAGGAGGGAGCCAACAAGACGGUGGAACCUCGAGCUGGCCGGGUCUCCUUCUUCACCUCAGGGUCCGAGAAUCUGCAUCGUGUGGAGAAGGUUCUCUGGGGCACCCGGUAUGCUAUCACCAUUGCCUUCACCUGCAACCCCGAUCACGGCAUCGCGGACCCCGCCUUCACUGUGAAGAAAGGCUCUCUCGGUGCUCUCCCAGGACCAGGAAGCCUGCAGCCUUCUGGGUCUGUGCCAGGUGCUCCUCUUCCCCCGGAGUACAGCCUGGACAGGCCAGCCCAUACUCCUGGGGCUCUGGGGCUAGGCCCGGGACAGCCUGGGGACGUGGCAUCCACCCCGGCGCCCGGUGCAGCCCUGGCUAAAGGGGAUCAGCAGCCACUGCUUCAGCCAAGUCUGGACCACGCCUGGAGCAGACUGCCAGCCAGGGAGGAAUGUGGCUGCCGGUCAGCGGUCAGAGCCAGCCCAUCCAUCAUCCCUCCAGGUUUCGUCCAAGACACUGCCACCCAACAGGGAGCCCAGCCUGGCUUUGAAGCCGGCCGGGCUUCCAGCUCCCUCUCCACUGCCCUGCAGGGAGUCAGCCACCUCCAGCUGGCGCUGCACCUGGACCACUCUGCCCAGGUCCCUCUCGCUUCAGAGAACAUUCUCAUGCCUGACCAGAAUGCCACACCAAUAGUCUUGCUGCCCAUCAUUGCCGUCAUGAGUCUUCACCAUGAUUUGUGUCUAGUUUUAUCGUGGACGGGCUCUUGA